AGAGGGUGUACGUGAGGUGCUACUCAAAGACGACCAGCUACGACUGAAGCGUUACAUCUAGCUGGAAGUUCAGAAGAAAGAGAAGCAGAAGAUUCAGCCCGCCUUCGUUAACAUUGCCUUUAUUCGACGAUUUAGUAAAUACUAAAUUAUCAACAAUGAAGUUGCUGUGGGCUGUCAGUGCCCUGCUUUUGAGCUGUUUGCGAGCCAAUGCGACCACAGCGGGCUUCAUCAAGUCUCCCCUGUCUCAGAUGAAGCUGAUCAGUGACAGCGCAGAGCUGCAUUGUGAGGUGAUAGGGAACCCCAUCCCUGAGGUGCAGUGGUGGUUUAUAGAGGGUGAAGAGCCCAACGAGACCUUCACCCAGCUCUCUGACGGGGCACGGGAUGACCGUGUGCAAAUAAAUGCCACAUAUAUAGCACACGCCACUAGCACCAUUCACCUCACAAGCCUCACCUUCAACGACUCGGGCACGUACGAGUGCCGCGCUUCCAACGACCCUGACCGCAAUGAACUGAAGAAGACGCCAAAAAUCAAGUGGAUCCGCUCGCAGGCAAACGUUAUUGUCAUCGAAAACCCAAACAUCAUUACUCAACCUGAAGAAGUCAGCAACCAGACCUCAGCACUCCUUACCUGCAACUUGACAGAGUCCAGUCUUCCCAUCAAGGGCUCCCACUGGACGCACAAUGGCAAACUCAUUGAAGAGUCGAAGUCCUCUGUUGCCACUCCAUACAUAGUCUUCCAAUUGAACAAAAUCACCCACACUUCUAGUGGAAAGUACGAAUGUGUGUUCCUGACCGAUCCAGAGGUGAAGAAGACAAUUGAAGUCAAAAUACUUCCCCAUGUUGUUGCCUACAAGCACUCUGAGCAUGGCAACGAGAAGGACAAAGGCGUGCUGGUGUGUUUGAGCAGUGGCUACCCAUUGCCUACUGACUGGACCUGGUUCAAAGAUGGCGGCCAAACCCCUAUCAUCAACGGCACUACCGACAAAUAUGAGAUAAAGAGCACCCCUAACAAGACCACUCUGGUCAUUGAGAACCUGAGCAUCGAAGAAGACAUCGGCGACUACGUCUGCUCUGGAACCAAUGAAAUCGGCACAACCAGUGACCAGAUCCACCUGCGUGUCCGCAGUCGCUUGGCUGCCCUCUGGCCCUUCCUUGGCAUCGUGGCCGAGGUCAUCAUCCUGGUGACCAUCAUCUUCAUCUAUGAGAAGAGGAGAAAGCCCGAUGAGAUCACCGACGAUGACGACUCAGGAGCUGCUCCUCUGAAGACGAAUUCUAAUGCAAAUCACAAAGACAAGAAUGUGAGGCAAAGGAAUUCUAAUUAGAAGCUGAAAGAGAUGGACCUCCAGAUGGCAGUCCAGGAUUCAGCCGUUGCACAUUAUACUGUGCACCCUGCAAUUUUAAGUUACUUUUUGUGCUUGGGUGAUAAAUGUUUUAAGAAACUGAAUGAUUUCCUCUUUUUUUUUUUUUUUUUUUUUUUUUUUUUCUUCUAUAUGCUUCUCCACGUUGUGCAGCCACAGAACAUAGUGUGAAGUAAUUUUCUGCUCGAGGCCGCAGGGCAAAUAUUGCAUGCAUUUAAUAGCAAAGUGUGUGUGUUUUCAAUGUAAAAUCAUUAGACAGCUCAUGUGAAGAAUGGCACGUUUGUGGUUGUUUUUUCUUUACAUGUUGAUGCUUCCAGAUACACUGACCACACAGUUGUCAGUCUUUGCUUUUAUAUUCUCCGAUCUGGGAUGGUGACUUGACAGCAUGAGUUCUGUUCAGAGCAUCUGAAACCUUUUUUGAUCCUGAUGCUAAGAGAAUGGCAGUUAGUAUGAAACUACUGGAGUGUGUUUGACCUGUCCCCACACCACCGCCAUCCUCCCAUAGCAGAGUUUUAUACUUACAAGCACCACUACACUUUUGUGUGCAAAUGUGACACUUUAAAAUUUACUUUUUUUUUUUUUUUUUUUUAAAUCAAGCUUUUAUUUCCUUUUUGCAGUUCACAUAUUUGAAACUGAGGUUUUAGUUAACCAAUGUUUUUGCUGCCAAUGUCACAUCCAGAGUAAAAAAAUAUAUUGUAAAGGACCAAGUGCAUGAGAUGUAACAUCUGUUGCUUCUGUUGAUUGCGACCUCAACACCACGUACUGCUGUUUUUAAUUUAGUACAGGUGAUGAACUGUUUUUAAUUAGAUGGUUUUUCUUUCUCACUCAAAGUGAUCUGAGAGAUUUGUGUGCAAUUGUUGGACCGUCGUCUCUGUUCCCGUGUGUAGAUAUUCAGAAGCCAUAUGUUCCAUUUAACCUGAUUAGUGUUGUGAUUCGAUGUUACCGUUUCAGUUACACAGAUAAAAGACUUAGCCAGAGUUGUGUAAAUUGUUGUACCAUCAAAGUACAUGGAACGCCACCAGUUUUCCAACUUUCACAAACUGAAUAAAGGUAUUUGAUUUUA